AUGGGCUGGCUCCCUUGGUCUUCCAGCGACACCAACAAAGCCUCCGACGGCGGCCGCAUCGCUCCGGACCGAACAAGUCGCGCGCGCUGCUGGGAGGGUCGUGAUCACUUCUUCGCCUGCCUGGACCGCAACGAUAUUCUCGAUGGAAUCAAAAAUGACAAGGAGGCGCGGCAAAAAUGUGCGAAGGAGGUUGCGGAGUUUGAGGCGGCGUGUUCCAAGUCUUGGGUCAAAUACUUCAAGGAGAAACGUGUGAUGGAAUAUAAUCGGGACCGGACAAUCGAGCGGAUCAAGAACGAGGACGCCCAAAAGGUGCAGGAAUUGAAGUCUCAGGGCUGGAAGCCUACCUAA